UAUAAAGAAGGUACACGUGCCUGAUUUCAUCAGUGCUGAGACUGCUGAGUGUAUGCGAUCAUCGUGGGUGAGAUUGGUUUGUCGGAGUCACUGUCAAAUGCUGCCCUGUCUGUUAUCGAAAAUUUUAGUGACGUACAAUCGUAAUUUGAGCGAUUAAUCACGUACGUGCUUAAAGACUCUUGUGUUACGUCGGCGAUAGAGAGAGAGAAAGAGAAAGAGAGAGAGAGAGAGAGAGAGAGGAGGAAAACGUGCAGCGUCUACAAUCUCGUAGCUCUUCAUUUUGGCUGAGUCAAGUGAUCUGGUGAAGAACAGUACAACGUGAUCAAAAUGGAAUUUCCAAAUUUGGGAGAACAUUGCUCUGAGAGCACAUGUAACCGCUUGGAUUUUUUACCUCUGAAGUGCGACGCUUGCCAGGGAAUCUUUUGCACAGAUCAUAUAACUUAUACAAGUCACAGCUGCCCCAGCGCGUACAAGAAGAAUAUACAGGUGCCUGUGUGUCCAUUGUGCGAUGUUCCUAUACCAAUAAAGCGCGGCGAUCUGCCCGACGUAGCCGUAGGAUUGCAUAUAGAUAAUGACUGUAGAGAAAGCCAUAGGAAGGUAUUCUCCAACAAGUGUUCUUCAAAGGGGUGCAAAGUCAAAGAAAUGGUGCCGGUGAAAUGUAACGAAUGUGGUGCCAAUUUUUGCCUCAAGCACAGACAUCCCACCGAUCACGCUUGUAUCGGAGCGGAGGAGGCAUUGAGACUACGUAGGUUGGAAACACUAAACAAGAAAAGUCAAACGACAAUAUCACCGAAUAGUAGCAACAGCAAUUCGCAUCCAUUCCGAAGCCUUCAAGGAACGAUGACCGAGGAUGAAGCAUUAGCUAGAGCUCUCCAAGCUUCCUUAGAGGAUGAAGAGAGAAGCAGACGUAUGUUACAACCAGUGCCUUCUGGAAACCGAGAUAGAUGUAGACUUUCGUAACUAUCUACACAUUAUUUUAUACCGUUAUAGAAAAAAAGCUUCUUCCUUGUUUCCUAAAAAUCUAUGGAUAUAUAAAGAUAUGUAUUACGAUCCUCUUAAAGUUACCGCCAAACUAUAUAUAAUUUGUGAUUCGAAACUCGCAGUUUAUAAGUAGUGUGAAUGGACAAAUUCACCGAAUUCGCAUUUGUUGUUUAUCAUUCAAUUCAUGGAGCGGGUUUUUAAAAACAAAAUUAAGAGAUACAAAUUAUUACGAAUCUGUUGAUGUUGAUUCAUAUAUAGUUACACUAUACAAACAAUAAAUCACUAAUUGUAAAUCAUGAAUCGCUUAUAAUUCGGCGCUAGCUCAAAGGAUACACUUACUUGACAACACGUACAACGGAAGUUACUUAAGUAUAUUUAUUACUCUAUCCAUUUUUUAUCUGUUAUGUAUUGUUAUAGUUACAACUGCUGCUAUAUAACCAGCUGUUGCGUUUAUAUGCAUAGAAAUUAAAAUGUAUUUAUAUAAAAUUGCUCACGUAAUUAAGCACACUAUC